CUCGCGUCCCGGGUGUUAUAAAUGCUACAGUCAAUGACAGGGAUGAUACCUCUGUUUUGGUGCCUGCUGAUGAGGCAGAACAGCAGCUUGAGGCAAAGGCUGCAACCAUUGCAGAUUUGCACUCGAAGAUUUACCAGAACAUCCAAAUAGCACAACAGAGACAGAAAAUCUCUUUUGAAAAACGCAAGGGAAAGAAUGUGAAAUCUUUCCUGAUUAACGUUGGAGAUGAGGUCCUAAGAGCGAAUAAGAGGAAGGAGGGCCGAGAAGGUGGAAAACUGGAGUGCAACUGGUUUGGCCCUUAUGUGGUUUCCUCAAUCACCAACAAGGGUGUGGCAACCCUGUUGAGCUCAACAGGAGCUCAGCUGAGACAGAGUGUGAAUGUGUCUCAGCUGAAGCCCUUUAUCAGGCCUAUGUUGAGAGCUGAACCGAAGUUGGAUUCGGAGGGGUCUGUUGCUGACCACCAGUAUGCCCUCUCUGGUGCGAAAUACGCAAAGGAUCUACAUCCGAUUCAAGACAAGCUGCUCAGCUAUGUGCUAGACCACAAUAGGCCUGGAGCAGAGGUCAUUGUGAAGGAGGGUGAUGUGUGCCUGACCAGAGAGGACUUUUGGAGCCUGGGUCUUCCUCAGUGCAUGGAGUCAAAUAUUGGAAACACGUGCCUGAAGAUGGUACAAGAAGCCAAAGACAUGGCAAAGAUAUAUACAUCGUGGAUAUGUAUGUGGUUCCUACCUGGAAGUCCAAAACAGCUGACGUGUUGGCCAGUUUUCCAGCUGACCAAUUGGCCACCAAGGACAUGGUUUUCAUCCCUGCCUGGAGUCGGCAGCAAGGAAAGGCAGAUCACUAUUUGCUUUGCUGACCUAGCGCACCGCAUUGCUCCAGGUCAGUGGACAGUAAAGUUCGGAAGAGACGUCAAGGGUUUGCCUCACCAAACCACGGGCAAUGACUGUGGUGUCUUCAUACUGAUGUAUGCACUCAACUUCAGCACAGAUGCUCCACUUUGGUUUACCGAGCGGGACAUAGCACAGAUCCGGAAAUGGUGGUGCAUUAUGCUCAUGGAACGGUACCAGAUUGAAGGCCACGGACAGAGGUUUUCUUACUGGACCAAUGAGGCCGAAGAGCUGCUCAAAGGGGCACUGGAGCCAGUGUACAGGGUCUCAAAGAAGCAAAAGACAGAACAUGAGGUCCAGUUUCAAAAGUCCGACAUGUGCUUCAUAUUGGAGCUGCCAAACUGUCUUCUCUCGGACCUUCUGAUGGAAGUGGUUCUCCAGGAAGGUGACAAAGCGUACUCAUCACUCACUCUAGUGUGUACCACCUUCAGAGACACAAUGUCCACUGUGUCUUUCAGAAGAGGGGCCCACUUUCGCUGGCUUGAGAGUGUUGCUACAUGGAGUUUGUUCUCUGCUUCAUACAAGCAGGAUUUCAACGUCAUGUACACCAUUGACACCUGCCGUGGAUGCUUGGAGCCUUACAAAAACUGCAAACCAGGAUAUGUUGGGAAAGGUAAAAGAGGAGAAUUGCAGGGCAUCUACUCUGAUGACCAACAUCCAGGCUAUUGCAGUCCCUUCUGCAACCAGAUAUCAUAGUUUGGUUUUCCCGGACGC